UGCACUAGAUGGUACUCAUGGUCUUUGCUAGUGUUAGCCAUUUCUUCACGUCGAAGUUUGAAAAAUAUAACGAAAACAGUGGUAAACAAACCUCUUUCAAGCUGAAUCGGUUUGAGAGUUCUUCGCUGGUAUUUUCUUUAGCUUUGGUUGAACUUCUCACAUGGAAAGAAUUGUUAUUUCAGCUGAAGCGUCGGAGCCCCGAAAAACGUAACCGCUUAUUCUGCCAUCUUGGUAACACCGCCCAGAAGUUACUCAAGUCUCAGGUCGGCCAUUCUUCCCUCAUCCAGCAAAGCUAUCAGAUCUCGAGUCAGAUCAGAAGUAAUCUUAAAGUCGGAAGACAAAGCAGGACAACAAGGAAAACAGAUACAAACAGAAGGACAAAAAAAUGGCGAGUGGACAGCUGUCGAGGGAGGAGGCCCUGGCGUGCUCGGGCUGCAGGCAUGCGUGCCAUGUGAUGCUGUAUGCCGACACAACAUCCAAGCUGUUUGGGAGAACUCCCAUCAGACACAUCGUUCUGAUGCAGAUGCGCUUUGACGGUCUGCUGGGUUUCCCUGGCGGUCUGGUUAACCCGGCAGAGGAGAGUCUGGAGGCGGGGCUGAGCAGGGAGCUGCUGGAGGAGCUAGGCCUGGAGAUACCCAUAACUGAGGAGGACUAUGUGGAAACCUGCUACGCUCCCGCGCUGUCCUGGACCGCCAAAUCAAAGCUGAUCCUUCACUUCUACGUGAAGAAGAUGGAGGAGGAGCAGAUCAAGGAGGUGGAGAGGGCAGCUGCAUCCACCGCGGUGGAUCACGGGCUGGAGGUCAUGGGGAUGGUCAGAGUUCCGCUCUUCAGAACCAACCAUGACGGCGGUCUCUCGUUCUUUCUGUCCCACUCCUUCAUCGGCAACGCUCGCUCCCAGCUGAUCAACUCUCUGCUGCGCCUCCACCUCAUCUCCCCACAGAACCUGGCGAAAGCGCUCAGAAAGUCACUGGGGAUGCACGCCACAACCAGGGAGGAUCUGCGGGCGGCCCUCGCGUUUGCAGAGCGCAGCACGGCCGCUGGUGCACAGCCCUGACAUGCUUUUCUUUUACAAAUAACCAAAAAGAAUAAAGUUUCUUUGAAGCUUUUCAAAUU